AGGAAUCUUUGGCUCUGGCUUCCCUGCCUCAUCCGAGCCGUCACCGGUUGCUUCAUGGGAACCAUCUUCAUCACCAGAACCGUCGGCGGAACCACAACCAACAUCCGAACCAGAACCAUCGCCCGAACCUGCUGCAUCUCCGGAACCGACGCCAGAACCGCCUUCAUCGGAACACGAACAUUCUGUCGAACCAUCGGCGGCUCCGGAACCAGCUGCUUCCCCGGAACCGACUGCGGAACCCGCGGCGUCACCUGAACCAACAUCGGAACCCGCUCCGGAACCGACAGCCGAACCUCCGGCCUCGCCCGAACCGUCUGCCUCUCCCGAACCGUCUGCGUCUCCCGAACCGUCUGCCUCCCCCGAACCUCCAGUACCCGUUACUGAACCGGCCCCUGAACCAUCCGCUUCUCCAGAACCCACUGCAGAACCGGCCCCUGAACCGACCGUGGCCCCGGAACCGGAACCUUC